AGAAGAAAACUAUCUGGGAAUAAUGAGAAUGGAGACAAAAUUACAUUCCAGCGACGAUCUUCGAGAAAUUAGAGUUACGAGAUCCGAUUUUCAAAAAGGAGGAUGCCAAAUUCCAAGAAAGAAAAGGAAGAAGAUGACGCCUGAAAUCAAAUUGGGGAAGUCAAAAUGCGUCGGAUUCACUUCCAUUAUCGGCAGACUCUGCCAACUACCAAGUCGAAAGCAAGAUGUUCAACGUGCUUGGAGAGAAUCGCGGUUGGUAGGUGGGUCAGAAGAACCAACAGUUUGCGCUUUACAACUCCGUGAUAACAUCUCGAAUUGUUCGUUCAGACAGAGACAUUCUGAGGGAGAAAAGGAAGCCACCGCCAUUCGGACGGAUUUGAUUCAACAGGUUUUCAAAUGGCUGGAAAAGGAAACGGACGUUCAGAUUGCACAAAUGCUUCCAAUCCCUAUCAUGUCUGCUCCGAAUUCUGCUCCCAAAAGAAGAGGCAGAUAGCUAGAAAGGAUUCAGAUGAUGGUGCUCUGAAGUACAGCGGCGAAUGCAAAAAGGCAGUUCAUCCAGAUUGCACUAAUGGAUCUAAUCCUUACCAUGACUGUAAGGAAUUCUGCUCCAAAAGAACCACUCAAUCUGGCAGGCCAAAGGCUGAAAGGGAUUCAGGUUCAGUUGGAGCAAAGAAGGGUUCCCAGCCAAAACCGCCCCAACAACUCAAUGUACCUUUGGCAAGUGCUGUUUCUUCUAAACCUCAAGUUACUAAACCACAUUUUUCUCCCGAGGAAAAAAUAGAUGUGAAGAAUGGUGACUACGUCAACCCGUACUCUGCAGGAGCUCGCGUCAUGAAAGAUUCUUUACCAAUCAAGGAGCAAAAUAAGUUCUCUCAAUUAAUUUUAGUUUCAGGAGAUUCCCUAAAGGCUGACAAUUUCCAAAAGCCCCGCAAAACCGAUGCUUCCUCAAUUGCUUCUGUGAAAUCAAAACAAGACAUUGAUGGAAGGCCAGAUGAGAUUUUUGAAAUAGUACAAAAUCCUGCAGUUCACGAUGAGGAAGAAGGUGAUCAUGCUACUGCUUCACCCAACUUCACUAACUUUCCUUUCCAUGGUAUUGCUCGUAGUCACGAAGAAAGCGAUGAGGAAGAGGUUAAAUCUGCAUCAUCGGAGCCCUCUGUACCUGUCGGGAACUACUACAUAAAAGUGAGUUUAGCUUCCAUUCUGCAAUCAAUCUUCAACAAGCGUGGAGACAUAGCAGCUUCAUGUAAAUUGGAAUCGAUUUCCAUUCGCUCUUAUUAUCUGGAGUGCGUGUGCUGUAUUGUUCAAGAGUUGCAGCGCACAAAAUUCUCUCAGAAGAUGUCCAAGUCCAAAGUCAGAGAACUCUUAGCCAUCCUCAACGACGUAGAGUCUUCAGAAAUGAAUGUUGGUUGGCUGCAUAGUAUACUCAACGAAGUCGCAGAAGCUGUCGAGUCCGGUGGCCAACAUUGGACUCUGGAUGCAGCAAAGGCAAACUGCGACCACGAGUUGAAGCUUACCAAGAAAGAACUCGAAUAUCGAAUGGAGGAUUUGACACAGAAAGAAAAGGAAAUGAGGAAUGCAAAGGCAAAAGUUUCAAAUACCAGAGCUAACCUGAGCGAACUUGAGUCGAAAUACUUUCAGCUGAACGGGGCGAUUUCAUCUCUGCAGUUGAAGGUUAACAAUUUACAAUCCAAACCCUUGGCUGAUGAACUUCUGUAAGUUUACAGCUUGAUUUGUAGUCAUUUAGAGAACGAUAUAUGAGCCUCUCAGAGGUUCAUUUUGUGGUUGUGGCAAACUAGAAGAGAAAAAUAUGCUGUCAUGCAAAAAGAAGUUGAUGUAAUGAACGACAAAUUUUGAGAUUUAAUUCCCAAUAAAUAUCAUAAUGGUUCUUGCAUUGA